AUGAGAUGCGCAAGCGAUGACUUCGUUGUCAGGAUGAUGAGUGGUUCGACGGCUCGGCGUCGUUUGUGCGCUCGGCCCGGUAGUCGCUUCCUCAUUCGGCCUCGGCAGCCGCGAGUUUCAAUGUUCUGUCGUUAACCCCAACCUCCACUCCCCAGCCAUGUCGAUUGAUAUCAAUUGGGACACCAUCACAGGCGGUGCAGAAGGCUCCGCGCGUGCUGAGACAAUACGCGCCUUCAUUCACGACCGGUUCCAGCAGGUGACGCUGCCACGCUUCAUCCGCUCAGUUCACGUGCACUCAUUCGACUUCGGCAGCGUACCCCCGGAGAUUGAGAUUAAAGACAUAUGCGACCCACUACCAGACUUUUACGAGGAUGAUGAGGACUACCCAGACGAACAAGGGGACGGGCUAGAGGAAGGCGACACGCAGCAUGACGCCAAGUCACGCGACUCCAGCAAUCCGCCCAGUCGUUCACGAAAGGAUAGCCAUUCUAGGGAACGAGGCCGAGAGGGAGACUUGGAGGAACAGACUCCCAUUCAGCACAGAUUACGCCCUUUUCAACCUCUUCCUCGGCCAUCCACGAAACGCACGUCAUUGGCUCCCAACGAGUUAGGCAGCCCAUUCUUUCAUGGAGCACUAACGCCAGGCAUCCCUGGUGGCACGUCCAAUAUGAACUACUUCCAUCUACCUUUGAGUGCAGGUCUCUCUGGCGCUACUACGCCUCUCGCUGCUGUAGCUGGUGCGCAACUGCAUAAUUGGCUUGAGAACCCUCACGGUCGGCCAACUACGCCAACAAAUAUGCGUCUGCGGAACGCAGCAUCCAUGAAUUCGCUAACCCUCACACCGCAAUCUCACCCAGAUCCAAGUUCAAGGCCCUCCUCCAGGCACCAACAGGACGAGGGAAAGAGGCCCUCCUUUGCCGGAUCAGACGACGGUACUUCUCAGCACAGCUAUGCGCGGACACCAUCUGCGUCUCCUCACCGCAUGCGUGAGAAGAGCCCUGAUGAUAUCCAAGUUGUGACACAUGUGCAAUACUCCGGUGACAUCAAGAUGUCUCUGACAGCGGAAAUUCUGUUGGAUUACCCGAUGCCAAGCUUUGUUGGCAUUCCUCUGAAGCUAAACAUCACCGGACUCACCUUUGAUGGUGUUGCGAUAUUGGCAUACAUCAAGAAGCGGGCCCAUUUCUGCUUCUUGUCACCAGAUGACGCAGAUGCUCUGGUCGGCGGCGAGACCGGCUUCAACGGUCUUCAAACAGACUCACAAGGCCAAAACCCGCGGCCCGUGCAACGACCCAAGAUCGGAGGUCUACUGGAAAACAUCAAAGUCGAAAGCGAGAUAGGUGGCCAGGGCAGCGGAAAACAGGUCCUGAAGAAUGUCGGGAAGGUGGAAUCUUUCGUGCUGGAGCAGGUCAGGCGCAUCUUUGAAGAUGAAUUCGUCUAUCCAAGCUUCUGGACGUUCCUCGUUUAGAGCUCCGGAAAUCGCUCCUCGUAAGGAGCGAUUGUAUGUAUAAUCGCAUGCACUACACACUACAUGCAAAGCCAGCCUGGCUCAGCAACGAAAUGGCGAUGUGACAUUCCGCAUCGGCAUUUUCUACCGCCAACGGUGGAUGGGAUUCAUUCGAGCACAGCAUUCCAAACCCCUCCACUGUGGGCCUUAG